UGAUCUUCCACCUCAGUGAGGGGAAGAGGAUGUGAUCAUGUGACCGCCAGCAGAGGGGAAAUUGUGAAAGAGUCCCGCUAUAGAAAAGGCAGCCCGGAACCGCCUGCCCAGGCUUACAGAGCAGGCGAGCUGCUGAGAAGACUGGUUUGAGAGCAACUUCUGUCCGUCUGUCCAUCUGACAUGGAACCAAAGCGGAUCAGGGAGGGCUACCUUGUGAAGAGGGGGAGCGUGUUCAACACCUGGAAACCCAUGUGGGUUGUACUGUUAGAAGAUGGCAUUGAAUUCUAUAAGAAGAAAAGUGACAACAGCCCCAAAGGAAUGAUCCCCCUGAAAGGAAGCACUCUGACUAGCCCUUGUCAGGACUUUGGCAAAAGGAUGUUUGUGUUUAAGAUCACAACGACCAAACAGCAGGACCACUUCUUCCAGGCAGCCUUCCUGGAGGAGAGAGAUGGCUGGGUUCGGGACAUCAAGAAGGCCAUUAAAUGCAUCGAAGGAGGCCAGAAGUUUGCGAGGAAAUCCACUAGGAGAUCCAUUCGCCUGCCAGAGACUAUUGACUUAGGUGCCUUGUAUAUGUCUAUGAAAGACAUUGAAAAAGGAAUAAAAGAACUGAACCUAGAGAAGGACAAGAAAAUUUUUAAUCACUGCUUCACAGGUAACUGUGUCAUCGACUGGCUGGUAUCCAACAAGUCUGUUCGGAAUCGCCAGGAAGGCCUCAUGAUUGCCUCUUCACUGCUCAAUGAAGGGUAUCUGCAGCCUGCUGGAGACUUGUCCAAGAAUGCAGUGGAUGGAACUGCUGAAAAUCCUUUCCUGGACAACCCCGAUGCCUUCUACUACUUUCCAGACAGUGGGUUCUUCUGUGAAGAGAAUUCCAGUGAUGAUGAUGUGAUUCUGAAAGAAGAAUUCAGAGGGGUUAUUAUCAAGCAGGGAUGUUUACUGAAGCAGGGGCAUAGGAGGAAAAACUGGAAAGUAAGGAAGUUCAUCCUGAGAGAAGACCCUGCCUACCUGCACUACUAUGACCCUGCUGGGGGGGAAGAUCCCCUGGGAGCAAUUCACUUGCGAGGCUGUGUGGUGACUUCCGUGGAGAGCAACACAGAUGGCAGGAAGAAUGACGAGGAGAACCUUUUUGAGAUCAUUACGGCGGACGAAGUGCAUUAUUUCUUACAAGCAGCCACCCCUAAGGAGCGCAUAGAGUGGAUCAAAGCCAUUCAGGUGGCCUCCCGGACUGGGAAGUGAGGACACACCUGCACUCCUCCUUCCCACGCAUUAGCUCUGUCAGGACCUGUCCACUUUUGUGACAAAUCAAUGGGAAGGGGUACAGGGUGGGAAGUUUUCAUCUGUGGGGAUUUCUGAAUGUAACUAACCACUUGGCCCAGCAAGUUCACCUACCCGGCAUCUCUCACUGCAACCUCUCUGCCCCUCUUCAUGCCCCCAAGCAGAUAUAACAAGCUGUGCAGCCUUGCCCUCUCCAGGCUGCUUACCUUCUCCAAGCCUCAGAGCCUCGUCUGGAAAAUGAAGGAAUCGAACUAGGAGAUCCCUGAGGUCUUUCCUAGCUUAAAAAAAA